GCGCUCGCAUUGUGCUCUCAGGCUCUCGCAGUGAGGAGGAGAAGGAGGAGGGACCACCGACAGGCUCGUUCAUUUAUUCAGCGUUUCUGCUCAACAGCUCUCAGAGGCGCACACACACAUACACACACGCUCACGCUGGGAGGAGGGACGGACAGACCUCACUCAUCCCUCUAAUCAGCCUGACCACACACUCGCCUCCUUCGCGCUCAGCUUUGUUUUGGUAGCGCAGCGUUAACGUUCACAUUAGCUAUGGUUCGGCAGCCCCGCGAGUCUCCUCAGCACUGACGGUCGCCCACUGUCCUGUCAGCGAGCGGAGGUUUUAUUUCAGAACUGACCAACUUGCAGCUGGAAUGGAGAGACUAUUUUGAAGAGCGGUUUCUACCCACAUUUCACGGCAAAUAUGGAAAGCUGAUGGCAAGGAGCUGAGAGCAGGAGAGAGGAAAAGGAAAAAAAACAACAACCCGUCUUCAGUGCCAGGGGUGCUACAUAACAGAUUCAACAUAUUACAGCAUUGCAGCUGUGCCAAGUACGAGUGAUGGCUGCUUACGGACAGACACAGUACAGCCCUGCUAUACAGCCCGCGGGCCCCUACACACCAUACACACAUCACACCCAGAGCUACAGCAUGCCCUCCUACAACAUUAAAACAGAAGAUGGCUUGAGUCAUUCACCUGGACAGAGCAGUCUGCUUGGCUAUACAUCCAAUUUCAGCAGCACGCCUCCCAGCCAGGCCCUUUACAGUUACUCCACACAUGGCGGCAGUAUUUCGUCUGGAAUUUUCCAGGGAACCAAUGCCAUCGCAGGCUCAACGCCGUUCAGUCCCACACAGCAGGAUUUCUCAGCGUAUUCCAGUUACGGCCAAAGCCAGUACUCGCCAUACUAUAACACACACUACAACAACCCCUACCUCACAAGCAGUAAUAUCAGUCCAUCAGCCAUCACCACGGCAAUACCCUAUCAGCAUCCAGAACACCCUCCUGUAACAACCAGUCACAGCCCGGAGUCCCACCCAGUGGAGUACCAUGCCCCCCCUAGCCCCCCAACCCCAGGAAAGGAGCAGGAAGGAGCUCCAGCCAGAAGGGGGUCGGAUGGAAAGCUACGGGGGAGGAAAAGGGCCAAUGACCCUGCACCUCCACUGGACUCAGACAUUGAGAGAGUGUUUAUUUGGGACCUGGACGAAACCAUCAUCAUUUUCCACUCACUCCUCACUGGGUCUUUUUCCACACGCUUCGGCAAGGAUUCUGCCAAAGCUGUGUCUUUGGGGCUGUGGAUGGAGGAGAUGAUCUUCAACUUGGCAGACUCACGACUCUUCUUCAAUGACCUGGAGGAAUGUGACCAAGUUCAUAUCGAUGAUGUGGCCUCAGAUGACAAUGGGCAGGACUUGAGCACUUAUAACUUUGGAACAGAUGGCUUCCAGAGUCCAGCAGGUGGAGGUGCUCUGUGCCUAGGCUCAGGGGUUCAUGGUGGCGUUGACUGGAUGAGGAAACUAGCCUUCCGCUACAGACGAGUAAAAGAGAUUUACAAUACUUUCAAGAACAAUGUAGGAGGUUUGUUGGGCAGUCCAAAGCGGGACGAGUGGCUCCAGCUGAGGAGGGAAAUGGAGGUGCUAACAGACCUGUGGCUCACACAUGCUCUAAAGGCUCUAGCUCUCAUUAACUCCAGACCAAACUGUGUGAAUGUGAUGGUCACCACCACUCAGCUUAUCCCAGCUCUGUCCAAAGUGCUGCUUUAUGGUCUUGGAGGAGCAUUUCCCAUCGAGAACAUUUACAGUGCCACCAAAACUGGUAAGGAGAGCUGUUUCGAACGAAUAGCUCAGAGGUUCGGCAGGCGAGCAGUGUACGUCGUCAUUGGAGACGGAGUGGAGGAGGAGACUGUGGCAAAGAAGAAAAACAUGCCUUUCUGGAGGGUAACAUGCAGGGCAGACCUGGAGGCACUGAGUCAUGCACUAGAGCUGGACUACCUCUAGAGGGCAGAAUCUGCCCUACAUCACUUCGCCUUGUUGCCUCUCGCUGUUCAUUAGACACAGGCGGUCAACAGUAAUCACAUGGCCAAGCCAGGAACUACAGGACCAAUCAGCAGGGAGCUGCAAACUUACUGGAAAUGUGCUUGUUUCAACUCACUCCAAGAAAAGCGUUUUUUUAUUUUAUUUUUUCUUCAUCUGUGACAAGCCUCAGUUUUACACAAUGGAGCAUUGCACUGAAGACAGCGGCCCAUCAAAGACCAGAGUGCUUUGAAAGACUGAAGGGUUUCAGUUGACAAAAGAGACAUUAAAGUGCAUUAAAGACAGAUUUAUAUGCAUCAUUUGUGAUGAGGAAAACAUUUAGAAUUUCGGGGUUUAAAGUAUGCAAAUAUUUAUGCUUGUCUUUUUUUCUUCUUCUAUGAAUUGACCAAAAGCUACAUUGUUUACUUUAGAUGAGACCUAGCUCAGAGAGUAGGGUUACCAAAUUUGUUGUGAGGAAAAAAGGUCUUUUUUCUCUAAGUUCUGUUAAAAGUAGUGUAUCAGACUUCUUAAACUGUGAAAUCCAGUGAUAGCUUUUAGACAAAUAAAGCACAAUUGGGGGAACUAGCUUUAUGAUUUGAAAUCAGUUGAGAAAUGCAUAGAUCUAACACUUUUAGUCUCUGUGUGUGUUUUUUAAUUGAUUGUUUCUGUCAGUAAUGCAAUAAUUUGUUUAAUGAUCCAAAUUUUGCUCCAUUCAUUCAGCUGAGCUUAAGAAACUUUAAGGUUUAUGGAAAUGUGCGAUAUACCACUUCAAGAUGUUCUAUUAAAUACGGAACACAUGCUGAGUUAAAAGUACUGUAAACUUUUUAAUAACACACCAAAGUUCUUGAGAGAGAACGUGUUAUGACUAACCCUGAAAAUAGCCAAAGUAUUGAAGCUAAAUCCAUUGCUAGAGGUGACAAUCAUCUACGUAACUUAUGAAUUUUUCUUUCUUGUCUUUUUUCGGUGAGGUGAUUUCUUCAGCACUAGACAAUAUCUCCUACAUUUCUCUCCGAUACGUGCCUGGGCCAAGGUGAUCUGUAUUAUUUGUUACUGGAUGUAUAUUUGAUUUCUCGUUUCUUUGUAUUAGCUUUACUGAAAUUUAUAUAUGUGUAUCAAUCUUGUAUGGAAACUGUAUGGUUGUCUUUUGGCUUGCAUGUGCCUAUUACACUGCCUGUCCACCUAGCUAUAAUUUGUAUAUAAGGUUUUAUUGUUGAUCUGUUUCUAUGGGCUAUUAUGUUAGAAAAAUAAAGAUAAAUUAAUUGC